GAUAUUUUUCAAGUCAAAAAAUGUUUUUUUUUUUUUUCUUUCACCCAGUAAUAUGGCAAAUCAAUCAACUGUGUUUCAGUAAAAAAGGCGUCUGUGUAUAUAUGUAUGUAUUCUCAUACAUACAUUCGCGUAAUUUUAAUAUAUUUUUGCACUUUAUACCACAAUAACCAUGACCACAACGCAUAUUGAAGUGAGUCUGAAGGAGAUGUUGCAAAUGGCGCUGGGCGCCCCAAAAAUAAGUGAAAUUAAUAUCUCGAUAUUGCAUUGUCUCUUCGACAUACUGUUCAAGAAGCUCGACUGCCAAUACGAAAAGGUGGAAAUGGACGGCCAAGAGGCGGCUUGCCUGCAAUCAAUCUUACGAAAGAGCAGAAUAGCGCCCUUACCAUUCAAUACGGACAAAGUGGAAGUGCUCUCACACAAAAUGAAAAAGCUGGUACAUUUGCGGGCACAUCAAAAGCAUCUCGAAGAGCAGCUGAACGAACAUUUGGACGAAGUACGUGCUUGUAAUAACAAAGACAGCAAUAUGUAUUCCAUAAAUGAUUGGUCCAAGUAUUGCGGACCUUGUGAAUGGUAUUGUACCAAUGCCGAAACUGAGACGGACGUGUACUGCAAUCUUUUGGAAAAUUACGAUUUCAUUACCAAAGUUAAGCGCAUUGUUGAGGAGCCCGUCAUUGGUCCGAUACUGAACAUGAGGAAACGCAUAGAGGAGUUGCAUGUACAUUUAUUAGAUUAUCGACGUCGUUUAGAAGAAAAAUCUAAGCGUUUGUCAUAUAUAGAAUACGUCGCGAACGAUAUUGACAAAUUCAGUCAGCUAAUUUCUCUGGAGAAGCGAUCCUUUCAGCAGGCCAUGGAAGAACUGCAGCGCAUGAUGGAUGGUAAGAUGUAUAAGGUGGUUUUACCUACGCUUAAAAAGUACAUACAGACCGAAACGGAAAAAAUCAAUGAAGUUUGCGCCAUGCUAAAGAAGAAACAAAGCUGUGAGAGUCCCAAUGAAUUCUCAGGUACGCCUACAACAUGCUUAUCAUGUAGAGGCAAACUUACAUGCACAAGCAGGCCGAUUUUGAUUGCACCGCAGCGCAGUGCCGAAGUGUUGGACGUUAGAAAGCGGAGAAUUGCCGAAGCUUGUAGUCGGAUCGGUCCAUGUUUGGCAAAAGAACAGGAAAAAGAAUUACUACAACGGCUCAAAGUCAUAAACGAGAGAACGGAGGAGGCCAAAAUAAAAAGAGAAAUGAGCAAGUCAUGCUAUGUACAGUCCGACCAUUUUGAGGUAUUCCAGGGUACUAAUGGCGUUUAUUAUCGCAAGGCUUAAAAACUUGCUAUUAUUGGUAAUAAUGUUGAGUCAUGCUGAAAAUUAGUCAUAAAUAAAUGGAAUGUAACCACUA